CCUUGGCAAUCUGACUAAUAACAAACUGAGCUAACAAGAAAGACUAGAAAGGGAGGAAAGAGAACACUGCUGCAGCUUGGAUCUACAACCAAGAAAGCAAGAGUGAUCAAUGCAGCUCUGUGAAACAUCUUGUUUAUUUACUGCUUUCAGCAGCUUGCAAAUGGUUAACUAUAUGCAAAAAAAGUCAGCAUAGCUGUGAAGUAUGCCGUGAAUUUUAAUUGCGGAGAAAAGGCAACUGCUUCAGGAUGAUCUAGUAUGCACUCUGCCUGAAAUAUUUUCAAUGAAAUGCUCAGCAUUUAGUCUUUGAGCAGAGCUUUUCAACUUUAUGAAGCAAUGGGACCUGCCAAAAAGUGACAUUUGAGAAGAAAGUACGUAGUGGUUGGUGUUUUCUUUUUUAAUAAAGAAUCUGAAUUUACUUUGAACAUCUCUUCCAGCUGUGCAUUACAGAUAACGUCAGGAAGAGUCUCUGCUUUACAGAAUCAAAUUUCAUCACAUGACAACAUGAAGCUGUGGAUUCAUCUCUUAUAUUCAUCUCUUUUUGCCUGUAUAUCUUCACAGUCCCAAUCUCCAAUGUCCUCAGUCAGAGGUUCUUGUGAUUCUCUUUGCAAUUGUGAGGAAAAAGAUGGCACAAUGCUAAUAAACUGUGAAGAAAAAGGUAUCAAGAAGUUAUCCCAAAUAAGCGUGCCGCCAUCACGACCUUUCCACCUAAGUUUAUUAAAUAAUGGUUUGACAAUGCUUCACACAAAUGACUUUUCUGGGCUUACUAAUGCCAUCUCAUUACACCUUGGAUUUAACAACAUUGCAGAUAUUGAGACUGGUGCAUUUAAUGGCCUUGGCCUUCUUAAGCAACUUCACAUCAAUCACAAUUCUUUAGAAACUCUUAAAGAGGAUACCUUCCAUGGACUGGAAAACCUAGAAUUCCUACAAGCAGACAACAACUUCAUUACAGUGAUUGAACCAAGUGCCUUUAGCAAGCUCAACAGACUUAAAGUGUUAAUUUUAAAUGACAAUGCUAUUGAGAGUCUUCCUUCAAACAUAUUUCGAUUUGUUCCUUUAACCCAUCUAGAUCUUCGUGGAAAUCAGUUGCAAACAUUGCCUUACGUUGGUUUCUUAGAACACAUUGGCCGGAUUUUGGAUCUCCAGUUGGAGGACAAUAAGUGGAACUGUAAUUGUGACUUAUUAGAGCUAAAAAUUUGGUUGGAAAACAUGCCUCCACAGUCCGUAAUUGGUGAUGUCGUAUGCAACAGCCCUCCGUUUUUCAAAGGAAGUAUACUAAGCAGACUGAAAAAGGAAUCAAUUUGCCCCACUCCACCAGUGUAUGAAGAACACGAGGAUCCAUCAGGAUCAUUACAUCUGGCAGCAACGUCUUCAAUCAGUGAUAGUCGCAUGUCAACCAAGUCCACAUCCCUUUUGAGACCAGCCACCAAAGCACCAGUCUUGAUACCCUAUAUUACAAAGCCAUUCACUCAACUUCCAGGACCCUACUGUCCUAUUCCUUGUAAUUGCAAAGUACUAUCCCCAUCAGGACUUCUGGUACACUGUCAAGAGCGCAAUAUUGAAAGCUUAUCAGAUCUGAAACCUCCUCCACAAAAUCCUAGAAAGCUUGUUCUAGCAGGGAAUAUUAUUCAUACAUUAAUGAAGUCUGAUCUAGUGGAAUACUUCACUUUGGAAAUGCUUCACCUGGGAAACAAUCGUAUUGAGGUUCUUGAGGAAGGAUCAUUUAUAAAUCUAACAAGAUUGCAAAAGCUCUAUCUGAACGGUAACCAUCUGACCAAGUUAAGCAGAGGCAUGUUUCUUGGUCUCCACAAUCUUGAGUACUUAUAUCUUGAAUACAAUGCAGUUAAGGAAAUAUUACCAGGAACCUUUAACCCAAUGCCUAAACUUAAAGUCCUCUAUUUAAAUAACAACCUCCUACAAGUUUUACCACCACAUAUCUUUUCAGGGGUUUCUCUAACGAGGAUAAACCUUAAAACGAACCAGUUUACCCAUCUCCCUGUCAGUAAUAUCUUGGAUGACCUUGAUUUAUUGACUCAGAUCGACCUUGAGGACAAUCCCUGGGAUUGCUCCUGUGACUUGGUUGGAUUGCAACAAUGGCUACAAAAAUUGAGUAAGAAUACAGUAACAGAUGACAUCCUCUGCACUUCUCCAGAGCACCUAGACAAAAAGGAAUUAAAAGCACUAACUAGUGAACGUCUUUGCCCAGGUUUAGUCAAUAAUCCAUCCCUGCCAACUCAAACUAGCUACAUAAUUGUCAGCGCUCCUACAACCACAACUACAGCUGAUACUAUUUUAAGAUCACUUACUGAUGCUGUACCACUAUCUGUUCUAAUACUAGGACUGCUGAUUGUAUUCAUAACCAUUGUGUUCUGUGCCGCAGGGAUAGUGGUUCUUGUUCUCCACCGCAGGAGACGAUACAAAAAGAAACAAACAGAUGAGCAGAUGAGAGACAACAGUCCAGUCCAUCUUCAAUACAGUAUGUAUGGCCAUAAAACAACUCACCACACUACUGAAAGACCGACAGCAUCACUGUAUGAGCAGCAUAUGGUGAGUCCCAUGGUUCAUGUCUAUAGAAGUCCAUCCUUUGGCCCAAAGCAUUUGGAAGAGGAAGAAGAAAGGAAUGAGAAAGAUGGAAGUGAGACAAAACAUCUCCAAAGAAGUCUUUUAGAACGGGAAAAUCAUUCACCACUCACGGGGUCAAAUAUGAAAUACAAAACCACAGACCAAUCAACUGAAUUUUUAUCCUUUCAGGAUGCCAGUUCAUUAUAUAGGAACAUUUUAGAGAAAGAAAGAGAACUUCAGCAACUAGGAAUUACAGAAUACCUAAGGAAGAACAUUACUCAACUGCAGCCUGAUAUGGAGGUACAUUAUCCUGGAGCCCAUGAAGAGUUAAAAUUAAUGGAGACGCUAAUGUACUCAAGGCCAAGGAAGGUAUUAGUGGAACAGACUAAAAAUGAGUAUUUUGAGCUUAAAGCUAACCUACAUGCUGAACCUGACUACUUAGAAGUCCUGGAGCAGCAAACAUAGAUGGAGAGAUUGAGGGCUUUUGCAGAAAUGCUGUGAUUCUGUCCUAAGUCCAAUCUUGUAAAUAAGUGCCUUACAUGAGUGUGUCAUCAAUCAGAACUAAAGCACAGCAGUAAUCCUAUUGGGGAAAAAAGAAGAAAAAGAAACUCAGGGAUCAUUGGGAGAAGCCAUUGCAUUGUCUUCAGGCAAUUUUGCCUGCCCCCAGUAAAAUAAAUCCUUGCAUGUAAAUCAUCCAAGGAUUAUAGUGAUAUUUCUCGGUAUACGUAAAAGUGUUUCAGAAAAGUCCUCUUGCACAUCUAAAAGGGUUGAAUAUUUAAGCAACCCUUAUUUCCUUGAAUUACUUUACCAGUGGAUGAAAUAGAAUUGGGCUUUGUCACUUAAAAGUUAUACCUGUAUAUGUAGUUAUAAUAUAUAAGGAGUAUAUUGUUUAUAUAAUCAGUAUAUACCACAAAAAUGUACAUUGUCAGAUACACCUAAUUUUCUUGCGAUAAAGGCAAAAGGAACUGGAACUUCAAAAUUAUGACUAGUAAUAGUAAAGAAAAAAUAGGAGGUUGAACUAUGUAGGCCAUGAGUGGCCCAAAGCUUUGAACAUUGGAGGGUUAGAAAAAUGUCACUGCUAUGCUUUCUGAUUUUAAAAAUAAGAAUGAUUAAUAGUUCAGGUGGAUGAAUAAGCAAACUUUUUUGGUUUUUCUGCACAUUUUGUGUGGACAAUCUUAUUGUCAAUGCUGCUGUGAAUUAAGGUAUGUCAUUUGUGCUCAAAGUUUGAUUCUUAUUCUUGGGAUGUUUUAAAAAUGCUACUGAUACUCAACUGUAAAUAUGAUUAGUGCAUAAAUUAAGUUUGGUUUCUUUCAUAGCAUUAAUCCUUUAUAAAUUUGAAUGACCAUGAUAGAAAUAUGUUUCUUGUGGCAAGUAAUAAUUCACAGGUAUAAAGCAAAUAGGGAAAAUUGUGUUUUUAAAAAUUUGUAUUGAUGUAAACUGAUAGUUGCCAUAAAUUAGUAGCAAAAGUCACGUCUAAGGGUAAGUGGUUAAGUUGUCUCAAGAGUGGGACAAUGUAGCUUUAUUUUACAAGAAAGUAUAGCUAGAUUUCUAUGAACUAUUUAUUCUGUACAGUUUUGUAUAUUUUUGGUUCACAAAGGUAAUUAUUCUUGGGUGCCUUUCAAGAAAAUU